AUGCUCACUCGAUCCUCAUAUCAGCGUAGUCCCAGCGUUCAGAUCAUUCCUCCGCUAGCAGGGAACAAUGUUGCACCUGCUGCCUUGAUAGGGCCUCUACCGAUACUUCGGGAAGACAAAAGAGUCUCAGGAGUUCUGUACUCCUUGCAGUGGCAUAGAGGACGAGUAGAGUCUUUCUCUACCCUUCCCCUUGCCGGUGGCCAGAAGAUCCCGGACAUUAGCGUCAAGAAGGGGUUUCACUCGAUGCCGCCUCAGACUAAAAUGUUCGACAUCACCGUCUGCCUCGCAGGAUCUCACCGCCAUCGAUUCCGCAUUUUUGGCUAUACCACAGAAACUGGACAAAUCAAUGAGGGGUUAAGGAAGGUCAGCCCCUCUGUAGUGUGGCGCGGGGAGUUGGUCAUUUUCCAACUCGGAGAGACCAAGGCAUACCUUGCAUGUCCUCGAGUAACCAAGCUCAUCUUGCACAAGGCAAUCCGCCUGUAA